AUGGGAAGACCUAAAAGAGCGGCCACCAGCGACACCUCUGUGUCGAAAAAACCCAAAAGAGAAUCCUCUCUGGCGUUCAAAACCAUUCUCGAAGGUCUAGAUGUUUUGCAGGAUGACGAUGGCACAAGAGCUCUAGUGACUGCUUUUGUCAAGCUUCCUUCGAAAAAAAUGUAUCCAGACUACUACGCCAUGAUCGACGAGCCCAUUUCCUUGUUUGAGAUUGGGAAGAAAGUGGCCAAGGGCGCGUAUGACGACGCGGCGUCUUUCCUUGCGGAUUUCCAGCUCAUGUAUGACAAUGCCGUCAAGUACAACGAUUCCGACUCUUGGAUUGUACAAGACGCGCAGAAAUUGUUGCAGCAUGUCGAAGAACAAGUAGCGACAGUGGACCAAGGCGAAGCGGACGUUGAUUUACCUCAGAGUUGUAUUGCUUUGUUGGACGAGGUGAUCGAACACGAGUUCCCAGGUGAAGGUGUUCUUUCGGGUCCGUUUGUGGAGGACGUGGACCCUGACGAAUACCCAGAGUACUACACGGUGAUUGCAAACCCGACAUCUUUCAACAAUGUCAAAAAGCAGUUGAAAAACGGGCUUUUCCUGGCCGAUGCCUCCGUGGAUACCAACUUGCAAGCGUUUUACGACGCUACAGAUUUGAUUUUCCGCAACGCACAGCAGUUCAACGACCCUUCCUCGCUUAUCCACGAGGACUCUAAGAAGUUGCAAGAAUUGUUUGAAGACAAGUUCCAGGCAUUGAAAAGCGAGCUUUUGGGCGGUGCGAAACCAUUGAAACUCAAAAUCAAAAAGGAACCUACCAAACUCAAACUAAACAUGCCGGCAUCUGCUCCAGGUGAGCCCCCUAAAAAGAGAAGAGGGAGAAAACCGAAAAAGUUGAUUGAGGAAGAACAGAGACUAGCAGCUCUUGCCGCUCAACAACUGCGUGAGGAAGAAGAGGGAAACGAGCCGGAGGAUGAUGAGCCCGGAAAGGACAAAAUUGACGCUACGGAAGUCAACGUCAUGGGAAAAUCCAAAACAACGCCACCAAGUAAUGAGGUUUUUACUCGUCGCGUUUCUCUCACAUCUUCCCAUACUAGUGCAUCGCUGGCACUUUCUGCCUUUGCAUCUCAGCCACAGCUUAUGCUUUCGAAACUGCAGUUUGUAAAACACUCGCUAUUUCCAACAGCGCCGGUGCUUAAUGUGGCAUCAUUUUUUGAUUACCAGUUUGCGCCGUCCGGUUUUUCCACCAAGGCAUACUCUGUGUCUCUUCCCCAAGAGGCGUCUUCUUCAGUCACGUUCCGUGUCUCAUUGCACGAGCUCAUUUUGAAACUAAAAGAAAAUGACCUCGUCGACGGCCGCGGCAUGCUCAAAGGAAAAGCCGAAGAAGACUUCAUGUGUUCAUUAUUUGUCAACGAAGAAGAGGUUGUGCAUGGUUGCGAGAUUUCAGAAGAAGUUGAUCCUGUGGACGGCCGUUCCAAGGUUCUAGGACUCACGUACGAUUUGAAGUUGAAUUAUGGGCUUAACGUGAUCAACUUUGAGUUGCGGCUCUCGCCCAGUUUGGCAAAGAACUUGAAGAGAGAACCUGUCCAUGCAAGCUCUGAUGAGCCUGCGGGAAGACACACACGGAACCAGUUGCAGCAGAUAAAACUCAAUUGGGAAGUGGAAAAAUUCACUCUCUACGUUGUGUCUUACGCUUAA